AUGCUGGAACGAAGGGCGUUGCUAUGGCAACGGGAGGCAGGGCCUGGGGGGGGAGCCCAGGCUCGAGCUGGGGCCGGGGGGGCUGGCGGUGGCUGUGGCGGGGCGAUGGCGGAGCGCGGCCCGGCCUUCUGCGGCCUCUACGACACGUCCUCCCUGCUUCAAUACUGCAACGAUGACAAUUUGUCGGGCACGAGCGGGAUGGAGGUGGACGACCGCGUGUCGGCGCUGGAGCAGCGGCUGCAGCUGCAGGAAGACGAGCUGGCGGUCCUAAAGGCCGCGCUGGCUGACGCGCUGCGUCGCCUGCGGGCAUGCGAGGAGCAAGGCGCUGCUCUGCGCGCGCGGGGCACCCCCAAGGGCCGGGCGCCUCCGCGCCUAGGCACCACAGCCUCGGUGUGUCAGCUCUUGAAAGGCCUUCCCACCAGGACGCCCCUCAAUGGCUCGGGACCCCCGCGGCGCGUGGGCGGCUAUGCCACGUCCCCAUCCUCCCCCAAAAAGGAGGCGACCUCCGGGCGCAGUGCCCGCCGCUACUUGUCACCAGAGCGCCUCGCCUCAGUGCGCCGCGAGGACCCCCGCAGCCGCACCACAUCCUCUAGCAGCAAUUGUAGCGCCAAAAAGGAAGGCAAAACCAAAGAAGUUAUCUUCAGCAUGGAGGAGGGCUCCGUGAAAAUGUUCCUGAGGGGCCGCCCCGUGCCCAUGCUGAUGCCUGACGAGCUGGCACCCAGCUACAGCCUGGAUACACGCUCCGAGCUGCCUUCCCGCCGUCUCAAGCUGGACUGGGUCUAUGGCUACCGCGGCCGAGACUGCCGGGCCAACCUUUACCUGCUGCCCACAGGGGAGAUAGUGUACUUUGUGGCCUCUGUGGCCGUGCUAUACAAUGUGGAGGAGCAGAGGCAGCGGCACUACCUGGGACACAAUGAUGACAUCAAGUGCCUGGCUGUCCACCCUGAUAUGGUCACCAUCGCCACUGGACAGGUGGCAGGCACCACUAAGGAGGGGAAGCCACUGCCGCCCCACGUGCGCGUCUGGGACUCUGUUUCCCUCUCCACCUUACACGUGCUGGGCCUGGGGGUGUUUGACAGAGCUGUGUGCUGUGUGGGCUUUUCCAAAUCUAAUGGGGGCAACCUCCUCUGUGCGGUAGAUGAGUCCAACGAUCACAUGCUUUCUGUGUGGGACUGGGCCAAGGAGACCAAGGUGGUAGAUGGCAAGUGCUCCAAUGACGCCGUGCUGGUGGCCACCUUCCACCCCACAGACCCCACCGUGCUCAUCACCUGCGGGAAAUCCCACAUCUACUUCUGGAACCUAGAAGGGGGCGGCCUGAGCAAGCGGCAGGGCCUCUUUGAGAAACACGAGAAACCGAAGUACGUGCUGUGUGUGACCUUUUUGGAGGGUGGCGAUGUGGUCACCGGGGACUCUGGGGGGAACCUCUAUGUCUGGGGCAAAGGUGGGAACCGUAUCACACAGGCCGUGCUGGGUGCCCACGAUGGCGGCGUGUUUGGGCUCUGCGCCCUGCGGGACGGGACGCUGGUGUCAGGAGGGGGCCGCGAUCGGCGGGUGAUCCUCUGGGGUCCCGACUACAGCAAGCUGCAGGAGGCGGAGGUCCCCGAGGACUUCGGCCCCGUGCGCACCGUGGCGGAGGGCCGGGGCGACAUGCUGUACGUGGGGACCACCCGCAACUCCAUCCUGCAGGGCUCUGUCCACACUGGCUUCUCGCUGCUCAUCCAGGGCCACGUGGAAGAGCUGUGGGGCCUGGCCACACACCCCAGCCGGGGACAAUUUGUGACAUGUGGUCAGGAUAAGUUGGUGCAUCUGUGGAGCGUGGAGUCCCACCAGCCCCUGUGGAGUAGGAUCAUUGAGGACCCUGCCCACUCUGCUGGCUUCCACCCCAGUGGCUCUGUCCUGGCCAUUGGCACGGUGACUGGCAGAUGGCUGCUGCUGGACACAGAGACCCAUGACCUGGUGGCCAUCCAUACAGAUGGGAAUGAACAGAUCUCAGUGGUCAGCUUCUCUCCAGACGGGGCGUACCUGGCCGUGGGCUCCCACGACAACUUGGUGUACCUGUACACGGUGGACCAGGGCGGCCGCAAGGUCAGCCGCCUGGGCAAGUGCUCGGGCCAUUCCAGUUUUAUCACCCACCUGGAUUGGGCCCAGGACAGCAGCUGCUUCGUCACCAACUCUGGGGACUACGAGAUUCUGUACUGGGACCCAGCUACCUGUAAGCAGAUCACUACUGCAGAUGCUGUGAGGAACGUGGAAUGGGCCACGGCUACUUGUGUCCUGGGUUUUGGCGUGUUUGGGAUCUGGUCUGAGGGAGCAGAUGGUACUGACAUCAAUGCCGUGGCCCGUUCCCAUGAUGGGAAGUUGCUGGCUUCAGCUGAUGACUUUGGCAAAGUCCACCUGUUUAGCUACCCCUGCUGUCAGCCUCGAGCUCUCAGCCACAAAUACGGCGGACACAGCAGCCAUGUGACAAAUGUGGCCUUCUUGUGGGAUGACAGUGUGGCCCUGACCACAGGGGGCAAGGACACCAGCGUGCUGCAGUGGCGGGUGGUCUGACCUGGUGGGUGGGGGGGUUCCCAGGAACACGGGGCUCAGGUAGAGUCAGGUGGCAGGGUUGGAAUUCUAUUUUCGGGAGAUGUCUAUUGCCGAGUAGAGUAAUAUAUACCCAGAGUAUGUCUAUAGCAAAGGGGGUUAUGGGGGUGGGAGGGUGGACUGACAGACAGAAGUCUCUAUUUAUUGGGGUGGGAAAAGGGGUCACAUUGCUUUGGGGGAGCCAUUAGGGUGUUUGGUUUGGGGUGUUUUUUAAGUUUAUUAUUUUAUAUCAUCCGGAAAUAAAAACACGUGCACUGAGGUGGAGUGUCAGGGUCUGUGUAUAUGGUGUGUCCAUAGAUUGAGUGUGUCUAUAAGUGUAUGUGUACGAGGUGUGUGUGUGUGCAUAUUUUACAGCGUUUGUGAUGAGACACCAUUAUCAGGUCUUUAUUCGUCUUUAAGCUUGACAGAAACCAAGCUUGCUCUAACUUAGGCCAGAGGAGGACUCAAUUGAUCGACAUUGCCAAACAAGGAAGGGCAGUUGUCCCCUCUGGCCUUCAGGGCCAUCAAACCAAGGAUUUGAGGGCAACCAAGGUACUCCAUACCUUCUCUCACCUUCUGCAAGUCAGCAUGUUUCUCUGGGACCAGCAUUCUCCACACCACGGAAGGAUGGCACCCAGCAGCUUGAGCCCCAAGUCCAAAAAUCCCAGGGAAGGGCUAUGAUUGGCCCAUCUGCAGAUCUAUCAACGUGGCCUGUUGUUUGGCCUGCUGUGAUUGGUUCCACUUGGGUGAAGGCCAACCCUGGACCAAUGAUUGUGGCCAGGAAGAUGGAAUCCUGUAAAAACACGGAAGCCUCCACUUGAACCACGAGGUUGAAAAAGGGCGAGGAAAGUUUUCAGAGAAGUGGACUGAUGACCCAGCUAGAUUCAGGGGGCUCAGAUGUGAUUGGGGUUUUCCUUUUGGGGAUUUCUCAGUGUAGUAUCUGUAACUUUGAGCAAAUUUUUA